CCUCCUCCUCCUCCGACCGACGCAGACGUCCAAUCAGAUCCUCCGUCCGGCCUGACGUGGAGCUGGUGAAGGAGGAGGUGGUGGUGAUGACGGAGGACGAACAGGAACAGGAGGAAGAGGAGGAGGAAGAGCAGGAGGAGAAAGAGCAGGAUGAAGAGGAGCAGGAGGAAGAGGAGGAGGAGGAGGAGGAAGAGCAGCAGGAGGAGCCUGUGAUUGGUGAGGUGAUGUCACAGGUCGAGCAGGAAGCGUCCAAUCAGGGUUCAGCAGGAUCCAGCGACGAAGGUGAUGUCACACCUGUGAUCCUGGACGAGGACAGAGUGAAGGAAUCACCUGGAAACACAGCAGACCAAUCAGUCGACCAAUCAGAUCCGUCGCAGCCCAAAGCCGCCGGUAACGGUCUGUUCAGCAUUUCCCAUAAUUCACUGCGGGUGGCUCACAAGUGUCCUCAGUGUAAGAAGUGUUUCAUCUACCGCUCUCAGGUCAGUACGCUCGCCUAGUAGUAGUAAUAAUAAUUAGUACUAGUUAGUAGUAUUAGUACUGUAUAACCA